AUGAUUUCAUUAAUUCGAAUUUGGCUUGAAAAGCACUGCUGGAGGUUAACUGCAAACCCAAAUCAUUCGAAAAUUGGUAAAACAAAUUUCAAUACAUCUAGUAUACAACACACAACUUUGUCUACAUCUUUAGUUAAAUCAAAAAGAAAUUAUUAUAGUGAUAAUUCAAAAUAUGUGGAUCGAAAGAAACAAUUGGUUAAGGGUGAUUUUUAUUAUUUGAAAAAAGCCAAACUUUGGAGAAAUAAUUCUGAAUUUAAAGGAUUGACUGACAAACAAAUCGUCAGGAAAUUACGUUCAAAACAAUUAAAUCAAUUACAUAGUCAAUUCUGGGAAGCUAAUUAUAAGAAUCCAAAUUUUGAAUUGUUAAAAGAAUUUCCAUUAUGGUUGAAAGGAAAUAGACUAAUAAAAUUUACACCAUGUUUUGAGGGAAUGACAUUACGACAAAUAAUAAAUUUAAAUGAAAAAGAACUAGAACAAAUUGGUAUACAUAGAUUUGCUGCUAGAAAAAUUUUAGUGGAUUGUUUUGGAUUUAUUCGCAUUGCUUUGGGAGAUCCAAAAAAUCAACAUUAUCCAAAAGAUCAAAGAUUUCUUGAUAUGGUUAUUACGAAAUCUCGUUUGAAUGAAUCAGAAUGA